UCCUUCCCCCUGUUGCAUCCAGUCAGGAGGUCUGUCUAUUUAUAAAGCAGUUGGAGUGUUGUAAGCUAGUAAGACGAAGAAGCACUAUGCAGAAUACGUGUGCUGCGUCUGUUGAUUGUCAUUUGACAGUUGUUUCUGAUCAGGAAAACAAACCAGAAGAGGAUAAAGCUGCUUCUCACCUGAAGGACUCUGACCCUGCUCUGAUCCCAGAUGCCAUUCUGCAGGUCCAACAGGACAACUUUUAUGUUAACCGUGAGCAGCUUGCCUUUCAAAGUCCCUACUUCAGAGCUCUGUUCUUUGGUUGUGGGGUAGAGAGCACCAAAAGGCAAAUUGAGCUCAAAGGUGUGGACUUGAAAUAUUUCCGUGUGUUGAUGGAGUUCAGUAAGACCUCCAGUCUCACUUUGGACAGAGAAAAUGUCCUGGGGAUCCUUGAGACUGCAGAUUUUCUUCAACUUGACAGACCUAGAUUGUUGUGUUGUAAGUUUCUGGAGCGUGAGCUGCACCUCAGUAACUGUCUGGGACUGAUGUCCUAUUCCUGGCAGCUGGGUUGUUGUCAGCUGUACCAGGCUGCUCGGCAGGUGGCGCUCACUCACUUCUCUGCCGUCAUCACCAUGGAUGACUUCUUGUCUCUGUCCAAAGAAACUGUGGUAGAUCUUCUUGCCAGUGAUGAUUUGGCUAUCAAAAAGGAUGACCUGGCCCUGGAGGCUGUUCUGCGCUGGGUGUCUUUUGACCCUAAAAGAGAAGAACACUUUCUUGAGCUGAUGGAACUAGUGAGGCCUGAGGCUCUGUCUGUUCCAUUCAUCACUGAACUGUUGACCAGAAUGAACAGCUCAGACCCUAGAGCCAAGCUGAUCUGCACCUUGAAUGAACAUUUCCCAACAUCCUGGUCAAUGGGCAGGUCAGUGAGGAGGACCAGGGCCAGCGAGACCCUUUUUGUCCUUGGUGGACGUCAUGAUCAGGAGACCCAAGCGCUGUACCAGUUCCACCCCCUCAGUGGUAGAUGGCAGAGCUGUGCACCUCUGCAGAAGAAGAACCUCACACAAUACUCUGUAGCUGCAGUAGGAGACUCUGUGGUGGUGACUGGCGGCUACUUCCGGGAUGUUCUGUGGUUCAGUGUGGACUGGGUCAUGAUGUAUGAAUGUGGCAACCAGCGCUGGGUGGAUGGACCAGCCCUGCAGAAGUCCAGACACAGCCACUGCUCCGCGGGGCUGGAUUCAGUCCUGUACGUCCUGGGGGGCUCCAUGGAUGAAGGGCUGGUAGCUGAUGUGGAAAGACUGGUGCUGGGGUCAGACCAGGGUUGGGAGGGGGUCAGUCCCAUGCUGAGGGCUGUGGAGAGGGCGGCCUCUGCCACUCUGGGCUCAUGCAUCUAUGUGGCAUGUGGUCUGGAUGAAAAUGGGGAAGUGUAUGGUGGAAUUCAGAGGUAUGAGGUGAAGAAGGAUCACUGGGAUGUUGUCUCCUAUUCUCCAUUUCCACGAUAUGACCUGGUUGCUACAGAGCUCAACAGUGCCCUCUACUUGUUUGGAGGCUAUGCUCUGCGUUUGGACGUGGACACAGAUGAGUGGACUGUGCUGGAUGAGGAAUGUCUGGACAGGAAGUUCUUCUCUGGCUGCACAACAGUCAGUGGGCAGGUCUAUCUGGUCAGUGAGAAGAAGAGUAACAAAGCAUUCCCCAACAUGGUACUGCUGGACCCAUACAUAGACACCUGCAUUGAAAUAGAUGAUGCCAUCCCCUGCCCUGUGCCACUCAGAGGUUGUGUAACAGUGACAACAACCUGAUUAUAGUUGAUCCCACUGCUAAUCUGUGUGUAACAUCAUUGUAAGACUAGCAGAUUUGUUAUGUACACUCCCUAUUUCCAGAAUAGUUAUGGCAUUUUCCUAAAAUCACUGUUAAUUUUGACAACAAUUUUUAAUUUAGUUUUACACAUAGUCUUUAGACGAAAAUAUAAUUUAGUUUUAGUGAUAAUUUAGUCAUCUAAACUAUUUUAGUUUUAGUCUAGUUUUAGUCAACUAAAUAUCAUUAAAAUGUAGUUUGUUUAGUCUAACUCUAUUUUAAAUUUAGUCGAGAAGAGUCUGUGCUUUAUCACCUCACAGGUUUUUGGAUUAUCUCUGGAUCUGCUGCUGUGGUCCUGCUUCUCUCCUGCCUUCAUCGUCAUCCCUCAUUUAUCCAUAUAGUUGUGAUAGUGUUUAUUAUAGUUACAUAGAUGGUCAAGGUUAGUUGUAAUUGUAAUUGUAGUAAAUCCAGUGUUAAUACUUUAAUUUGGAGUAGUAGUAUUAAUUAAGGACAUUUGUUCUAGCAAUUGGUAAUUAUACCAGAACCAGCUGUUUUAGUUUUUAACAGUUCUAGUUCAGUUUGCUGUGCAUCCAUAUCCC